AUGGCCCCGACCACGGCUCUCUCGACGCCGGGCUUUGCCAGCUUUCAAAAAGUCCUAUCCACAGAGCCUCUAGAAUCCGCUACAGCAUACCUAGUUUCAUUGCUCAAAAGACGCCAGCUCAAAGGGUCAAAACGAUGCGCCGUAGUCACCACCCUUCUUCUACUCCGGACAGUCGAAGUGACCAAGCAAGCCGACUCGGAGAGACUGAUACAAAGAGUCAAGGAGGUGGGCAAGCAGUUGGUCGAAGCCGCCCCGCAUGAGCCAGUCGUUGGCAACAUCGUCCGCCGGGUGCUGAGCAUAAUACGAGAGGAAGACGAGGAAGACGCUGCUGGCCAGAGGGUAGGAGAUGACGGGGUCUCGACCACCGACAAUAGCCCACUCGAAACACCCUCAGAAACACCUCAGAACUUGAGAUCUUCCGUAUUUCAUGCCCUGCCAAACGGCCUGUCGUCUUCCAGUCCAUCUCCACAGCGUGGGCCCGGCAGCUCUCGACCCCCCCUGUUAACCUCUCGCACUGGUGCGCCGGAGACCGGCGCCCGCCCAGUGACGUCCAUGUUCAGCAUCAAUGCCCACCCGACCAUGAGGCAUCUGGGUGGCCUCGACUCUCCCUCAAACCGCAGCGGGAGCGGUACUCCGCAACUAGGAGCAUCAGGUCUCUUACCAAAUCUUCGGCCUGAAGUCAUACAUGGCAUCAAGGAAAUCAUCGACGAAAUCAACGGCGCGGAUGACGAAAUUUCUGCCGCUGCGCUCGACCAAAUCCACCCGCAAGAAAGCAUAUUCACCUAUUCUUCAUCCCUGACCGUGCAAAGAUUCUUGCUCAGAGGUGCGUCGAAGCGGAAAUUUACCGUCAUCCACGCCGAAGCAUACCCGAACAAUCACCAGCAAACACAUGCCUUGCUCACGGGCAACCAGGAUGUGAUUGCAGAGGAUGACGACAAUCUGCCGAAUGACACAUUCUCCAAGACUCUGACCUCAGCCGGUAUCACUGUGGUCAUGAUAUCCGAUUCAGCCAUAUUCGCGGCCAUGUCUCGCGCAAGCAAAGUGAUACUAGACGCCCACGCCGUGCUGGAGGAUGGAUCGAUAGUCGCUGCUGCCGGAAGCAAGUCUGUCGUGAAAGCAGCCAAGUUUUAUCGAAAGCCCGUCAUUGUGUUGGCUGCCACAUACAAACUGUCCCCAGUAUAUCCUUACGACGCUUUUCAACUAAUCGAGUACGGCGAUGCUGGAAGAGUGGUGCCUCUUCAAGACGGUGAAAUGCGAAGGGGACUAGACACCAGCGCCAGAAAUGCCCUAUAUGACUUUGUCGAGGCUGCAGAUAUUGACCUGUUUGUCACGAACCAGGUACCUGCUGUGGUGAGCACACAUUACCUCUACAGGGUGGUGAGGGAUCAAUAUGAUGAAGAAGACGUGGAGCUAUGA